AUGACAACCAAUCUUGCAGAGGUGUAUAACUUUGUACUCAGAGGGAAUAGAGCAUUGCCACUUACAGCUAUUGUGGAGGCCAUAUUCCAUGGCACUUUGAGAUACUUCAGAGAAAGACACGAGUUAGCAAGGAAGCAUAUUGCAGAUAAUCAGAACACAACUUAUUGUAGCCGUGUCAUGGAGUACAUGGCAAAGAAGAUAGAGAAAGCAAAGAAGCACAAUGUCAGACUGAUAGGUAAUCAGGAAAGGAGGUAUGAGGUUCAGGUUCCGACCGAUGGUUUUGGUUCUGCAAAUGAGGUGAAGACGCCCGAGAUUGAGUUGGACGCUAUCUCCUUUGUGUCUCCAUACUAUUUAAAAGAGGCAGUACUCAACACAUGGACAGGUGAGAUGACAGGGUUUAGAGUCGUCGGCAAUUUUAACAAGGAUGAAAUAUUGUCCCGACCUGAACAAAGAUGGUGCUUCCACAUCGACGAGUGCUUCCACAUUGACGACUGCGACAACAUGAAUGUGUCUUCGUAUGCGUUGCUUAAUGGUAACAUCGAUAGAAAGCACCGGGGCACCCUUAUGGAAGCGGGCAAGAACUUAAAUGUGUUGGUCACUCGCACCCCAAGGUCUAACUGGAUGAUACACCAUUCAUGGGUUGAUAGGUUAAGUUGGGCUGGACUUCUACCCUUGGCACGGCUGGCUGAGGGUACAUUGGAUGAGUGGGUUGAUGGUCCGAACUUAGAUGAGGCAGGCGGCAACCAGUCACAACCGUUCAUGCAUUCAGUGCAAUCACCGAUGCUUAGUGGUGGUGCUUCGUACUUUGAGGGCGACGAAGAGGAUGAUGACCAAGCUGCAAACGCUUAUGACUUCUCGCACACAGUGUUUCACACUCCACCACCACAACCGACGCAGGAGACACAGACUAUGACAGACGAGUUUGAGGAGAUCAAAACCGAGCUGAAUGACGCUUCAAACACCGAGGUGUUCGCAUGCCCUGUUUGCUAUGAACCACUCAUAACGACAGGGCCGCCAGGCAUGAACCUGCCUGCGAUUUAUAGGUCCGGAUUCAAGUGUUCAAAAUGCAACAAGUCAUUCACCAGCAAAGAUGUCUUCUUGGAUCUCACUGUCACCUCAGGAAUGAAAGAGUACAGUGAACUCAAGCCUGCUAGAACUGAGCUGUUCAGGAGCCCGCUCGUCUCCUUUCUUUACGAGAGGGGGUGGCGUCAGAACUUCAAUCGCAGUGGCUUCCCUGGCCGCGAUGAAGAGUUCCAAAUGUCUCAAGAUUAUUUCCAAUCAGUCGCUGGUGGUAUACUCGUUGAUGUCAGCUGUGGCAGUGGCUUGUUUUCAAGGAAGUUUGCAAGCUCUGGGGCAUAUUCAACUGUGAUUGCUUUGGACUUUUCUGAGAAUAUGCUCCGCCAAUGCUAUGACUACAUCAAACAAGAAGAAACCCCUAUGAACACAAACCUCGCACUUGUAAGGGCUGAUAUUUCAAGGCUCCCUUUUGCUUCAUGUUCAAUUGAUGCCAUUCAUGCUGGAGCCGCUAUCCACUGUUGGCCAUCCCCUUCAAAUGCGAUAGCUGAAAUCAGCCGUGUGCUGAAGGCCGGUGGUGUAUUUGUAGCGACAACCUUCUUAUCCACCCCCACGAACAGCGGCCCGUUCUCUAUUGACGCACUAAGGCCACUGAGACAGAUUGUUGGGACAGUGAACAGCAGCUACAACUUCUUCACCGAAGGAGAGCUGGAAGACCUGUGCACAUCCUGUGGCCUGAUCAACUACAGCAGCAAGGUGCAGAGGUCAUUCAUCAUGUUCUCCGGGCAAAAGCCAUAGCUGAGUACCAUAUCCAGAAUUUCUCUGUAUAGCCAGCCACGGUAUAUAUAUAUAUAUA